AUGUACGUCAUUUCUGGGGUUGUUAUAGGAUCUAAUGUGUUUAGGAUGACUUCUGUCGAGGUAAAUGAUGAAAACUGCGGGGUCAUCCCAGGAGGAAGGCACAACAGCUUAAGUCAGGACAUCUUUGACUUGGAUCAACCAACUGGGAGGCCAUCCAUCCUACGUCAGUCAGAGAACUUGCCCAGCAAAACCGUUCCAAAGGGGAUGAAGGUUUGUUUUCAGACUCCAAGAAGAGACCCUGUGACGAAAAGAAUUCUUUCCCCCAGCAAGUCUGCCAAGAUGUCCAGUGUGGAUGAGUGUACAAAAUCUUUGGAGUCCUUAAAUAUAGAUCAAUCAAACACUUUGCCACAGGAACAACAAGGGCAGCCCAAACAAGAGUUGUCCUCUUAUCCUGAUGACGACAUGCCAAUUCAAAGCAAAGGUGGCUACCAGUUAGAUUUUGACAACCUUGAUGAAAUGAAUCCAUUUCAAGGGUCUGACAAGAUGGCCCUUUCUCCUGCAAAGCCAACCGAUGAGCAUCCUCCCCCACAUCAUACUGACACUCAUCAACCAGCACCAGAACAUGUCCUGGAAGAGCCUAAAAAGGUUGAACCCUCAUUAGACGACACACUUCCCUUCACCCCGUCUGUGGAGAAUUCGCUGGCUGACAUCAGUUCCACAGAGAGCAGUGUGGUCACAGUGACGGCGGUGAAUGUCCCAAUGGUUGAGGAACGGGAUUCAUGCACAGCGACGCCUGAUGAAAAGCCCCUCCCCACGUCGCCUGCCUGCUCUGUUCAGGAUGCACCAACCAGCAGUUCGGUGGAGGAUGUCCAACCUUCAGAAAAAGUUUCUUAUAACUUUGAUUUUGACAACCUUGACGCAAUCAAUCCCUUCCAGACCGGGGGUUCAAAAAUUCCUAAUUCACCUCUUCCUGGGGGACAGGAAAUAAAGGGCGAUUCCCCUGCUGUUGAAAAUAAAGCUGCCGCUGAUGACGGUGACGGUGCUCCCGAGGCAGAGCAAAAGUUGUGUGUGCAGACGGAGGCCGCUCCAGCCUCUGUAGACACAACCGUGCCCCCAGUGGCCGAGUCAGAGCCAGGUGACGGUCAAGUCAAAGAAGCACCGGUCAAGCUGGAGUUCAGUUUUGGCGAUGGAAUUGAGGUCAAGAAGAAACCACUGCCCAAGAAAUUUGCCAAACGACCAUUUGGUCUCAAACGUAAGGAGGAAAAGCCAGCGUCUGAUGUGAUGUCAGCAAAAGAUGCUCCUGUGGAGCCUGAUGCAGUUCCAGUUCCCAAAGGCUCUUACUCCUUUGACUUUGAAAAGUUUGAUGACCCGAAUUUCAAUCCUUUUGGAACGAAUGUAAACAUGAAAGGCUCUCCGAGGUGCAUCACCAAACCCAACCCAGUGCUCAUGGAAUUUGAUCAAGAAAAUACGCCCAAUUCUAAAGAAAAAGAAGCUGGAUCAAUGGAGUGUGCUGGAGAGGGUUUACCAGUCACUGAACCCAAACCUGCAGCGAUCACUGAUAACAGGGGGCCUCAGCAUGAAACUGAGCAGCUGAUUCAGAGUUGCUCUGAGUCCAGUCUGCCGUCUCAACCUGACCAGCAGCCUCAGGCGGCCAUGUUGGACUUCAGUGAGGAGUUUGUUCCUGGAACUAUGUUCAUGGCCUCUGACUUUGAUGAGCAGUUUGACUACCUUGAACAGUUUGGGUCCACCGGUUUUAAAGAGUCUGCCCUGAGGAAACAGUCGUUGUACCUAAAAUUUGAUCCCCUCCUGAGAGAGAGCCCAAAAAAGUCUUCCUAUGCCUCCCGGAGAGAAACUCUUCAGACUUCUGAUAAGGAGAUGGCAAGUGGUCCACAAAAGAAUAGCCUCAAACUCUUUGAGGAUAUUGCACCACCAACUCCAAUCCUUGAGAACCUUGUUCCAACUUUUCCUCAGCCUGCAAACACAGAAGACGCUAUUAUUGAAGUGCUGAAGUACAGCCAGAAAGACAUGGAUGCAGCAAUUGCCAAAGAGCAGGCAGAGACAAAAGAAAAGGAGGACCAGUGGAAUGCUAAAUAUAAGAAACUGCUCGAAGAUGGUCAAGAAAUGAGGAAAAUCAUUGCAGAAUUUGAGCUGAUGAUCGCAAAGAUGAUCUUUGAUCAGGAGAAGGAGAGGGAGGUAUCCAAGGCAAAGCUAAAUGAGGCUCUGCUAGAGAAGGAGCAGGUGUCCAGUGACCUGAACGCCAUGGAGAGAUCUUUCGCAGAACUUUUUAAGAGACUAGAGAAAUAUAAGGAUGUUGUGGAGGGUUACAAAAAGAACGAAGAGACCCUGAAGUCCUGUGCCCAGGACUACCUGGCAAGGAUCAAGAAGGAGGAGCAGCGCUACCAGACCCUGAAAGCUCACGCAGAGGAGAAAAUUGGCCAAGCAAAUGAGGAAAUUGCCGAAGUACGCUCUAAAUACAAGGCGGAGGUAUCUGCCCUGCAGGCCCAGCUGCGGCGCGAGCAGCUGAAGGUUCAGUCACUGGAGAAGAGCUUGGACCAGAAGGAAAAGGAGGCAGAAGAGCUCACAAAACUCUGCGAUGAGCUGAUAUCAAAAGUUCAGAAGGGCUGAGCCCGUUUGUAAAUACUGUACGUGUUCAGAGCUUCUGUUUUACUGUUGUCGGUGUCCAGAUCGUUUUCUCGUGUAGUGUCUUUUUCUCCGUCAGUGUUUCUAUGAUACUGUAUUAAAAGAAGUUAAUAAAGAUGAUUUAACAGUGUUUCUUUUGAGGGUGUCUGUGAACAAAUUU